AGUCUUCUAAAGUAUGUAUAGGGCAAUAUAACUCAAACUCUCUUCCAAGCUCAAUCCUCUCGGAUUCCAAACUUAUCGAAUCGUGAAAACUUAUCGAAUAGAUGUGGAGAGGUUGUUUCCACUAGUGUCAGUCUAGGACCAGAGACCAUAACUUCAGAAUUGAAGGACGUUCCUUUAGGAAGGAGAUGAGGAGAAAUUUCUUUAGUCAGAGGGUGGUGAAUCUGUGGAAUUCAUUGCCCAAGAAGGCUGUGGAGGCGUCAAUUGAUAUUUUGAUUGAUUCUUGAUUAGUACGGGUGUCAGGGGUUAUGGGGAGAGGCAGGAGAAUGGGGUUAGAAGGGAGAGAUAGAUCAGCCAUGAUUGAAUGGCAAAGUAGACAAUGGGCAAAAUGGCCUAAUUCUGCUGCUAGCGGAUGAACUUAUGAAUUCCCUUGGAUUCAAGCAGGUUAAGCUAGAACAUUGGCUCCAGGACAAAUAUUGAUACAAAAUAAAUGUGCAACACAAUGUUUAAAUUGUUUCUCAUACUAAUACCAAUAUCAAAUGAGAUAUGUGGAGUGAGAUUGUAAUGUUUACUACUAUAUAGGGUCUAUCCAUACCAGCACAUACCAAAAUGUGGAACGAUAGAUAAUCUUGAGAGUGUUCGACUGCUAAUUGAGUACUUAUAAUUUAACGUGUUAUUCAAAUAGAAAAUAAAGUAGAAGGGGCAGUUUCAUUGCUGCAAGACUCUAAGUACAACAUUCUUACCUCCAUGGCAACACGAGAGACAGCAGAAACUGGAAUCUAGAGUAAAAGUAAUGCAGGAGGAACAUGACAGGUAGGUCACACCUGUGCUGGAAAAUGGGCGUAAUGCGUUUUCAGUUGGAAGCUUUCUUCAGUCUGAAGAAGUGCCUGUCUGUCCAUUUCCCACCACGGAUGCUGUCUGGCCCACUGCGUCCCUCCAACAGUUUGUUUCUUUAUUCCCACCUCCAUCUGUUCAAGCAUCAAUGCAUCUGAGGCAAAGGUAACAGAGAUCUGUGACCCACUAUGGACAAAUCUCUAAUCAUGCAAUAUUCCCCAGCGAACUGUGUUUACAAAGGAGAACAUCAUGGUAUCCUCAUUAACCUCCAGAUAGCAGCAGGUGAUAUAAGAACUUUAAAAACAGGAACUGAGACAGGUAAUUUGCUUCCUCAAACAAGCUCUACCAUUGAAUAAGACUACAAUUUUACUUCGGAGUCACGUGAGUGACUACGUGAAGAAGCCCGCCAGGUGCAUGCGUGUCAUUGCGCUACACGCAUUGCAACUCGUCAUUGUCGGGAGGAAGGACGUUCCUCCCGAACGGCAGUGUUUCGAACCUGCAACAGUAAGGUAUGGGAACAUCGUUCCAUACUUACCUUUUUUCUACAGAAGGCUGUUGAAAGCUGGCGGGGGAGGAGUCUGCAGCAGCAGGCAGCCAGCAACGGCCGGUGGCACGACAGUCUCCCUUAGCGGGAGUUCGUGCGACUUCAGCUCCGGAAGAAAACACCGACAAGGGAGUACUCCGGAGCCGUCAGUCCGACAACUCGGACAACAGCCCCAAGGACCGACGCUACAUGGGUCUGGGGCUGCGGAACAGGAAGAAAGGUGCCAAACCUUGUGGGCAAUGGAUGGGGAAAGACUAGUCAAUAGUAGCCAGAAGGUGAGAACUCUAUUAAUCUUCACCCGUAUUCUCACUCCACUUAAUCACAGAAAUGUGAUGCUGUAUUUUAAUUGUUACGUAACUAUUUCAAGUGGUGUGCAACCAAAAUACUAUCAACGUGUCACCUCUCCUACCAGAGGCCCAAACACCUUUGAGCACUGCUACAUGACCAUCAAAGGCACCGAACACUAUUCCAAUCAAGCUGUGCUCCUCCUCCAUGGUUACCAGCAGAACCGGAAGUAUGAGGAUGCUAUCCGGAAAGUCAUACGGUGUUGGUCCAAAGACACAAUGAGUGCUUAUGUGACUGCUUUUAGUUGGUGGACUGGUCCUUAUUCAAGUACCUUGUUCAAGAAAUUUAGGUAUCAGCUAGGACAGUGCACACUUGUUCAACUGCAUACUUGACUUACUGACCCAUAGAUUGUAAUUGGUAAGGAAGGGAUACAAAAAAUAUCCUCCAUGAUAAUCGUCAAUGCUAGAGCUCUGCAAUAUUGCAUUUUCAGCCAUUUACUACACUUCCCAGAUACUUACGAGUUUGCGGCCAAUUUCUGCCCUAACUCCAUUUAUUAUACAAGGAGACAGAGUACAUUAAGGAGAUUUGAGAGCUUAGCUCCAAGGUGUCAAGACAUCAACCGACAUCAUCAGACAUCAUUUAUUUAGUGAUCAUACACAAUG